CACAUCAAAACAGUAUACCUUUAACAAAACCUGCAGUAACUUGCCAACUUUCAUUAAGUUCAUUCAAGUCAUUUGCUCAGUCGAAUCAAUAUAAAAAUGUAUUCAAUGAUUUUAUUGUUAAUUGUUUGUUUUUCAUCUGUAUCUGCACAUGAUCAAAUUAAGUCACAAGAUUUAAAUAAUACUCUGAAUGUUUCAACUACUAAAACGCCACUUGGCUGUGUUUGUGGAAUUUUUUUAAGUAAACAGUUCAAGAAAAAUAGCAAAGAACCACCUAUAGGAAAUCCUGCUCUUAAUUAUGAUCAACCUGGAACAUUUCCAUGUACUCAAAGUGGAAACAGACUUUGCAUUAAUAAAUGUUUGGAUACUAUUAUUAAACAUCUUCCAAAUAGUUCUACAAUAUUAUGUAGUUCAAUAGAACGUAACUGCUAUAAAGAGAAAGCUUAUUUAUUUAUCCGGAAUUGUCAGAGUGAAUGGAUUAAUACAAAUCUUUCUACUGGGAAAGAGUACUGUUGCAAGAAUGGUGUACCAUAUAAAUGCCCAUUAUACUGAAAUUAAUGUCAUCUCAUUUUAGCAUUAUUUUAUCUGUAAUGGAUUAAUGACCAAAUUUUAUACGUUUUUUUAAUUUAAUAAAAUAUUUUAUACUUCC